GCCAGGACAGGUAGGUCUGCUUUAACUCCGUAGUGUCCCGCGGAAUCACCUGCACUACACAGGAGAGAGGAGAGGAAGAGGGUGAAAGGAACGCAGCACCUGGUUUCACGACGCCGCCAGGAUGUUUGGAAAAAAGGACCGCAGCACAUUAAAGGUCUCCGGGAAGCUCAGCAAGACGCAGGCUAAUGACCUGGCCUUGCUGAUCGCGCGCAUGCAGAAGAGUGCAGAUCAGGUGGAGAAGGAUAUCCUGUAUGCCGAGGAGAAGCUGGCAGUGGACAGAGAGAAUUUGAGGAAUGAGCACCCCUUGCAGCACCAGCAGGAGAAUGCAGACUUCCUAGCGGAAGCCGAGGGUCUGCUGAAGGACUUGUACCUCGAUGUUGACAAGGCCAAGAAGAUGAAGCAUCCGCAGGCCAGUGAGAUUGAGAGCGAUGUCAGCCAUCUCCAUGACCGCUGGUUGAAGGACUGUGCCGAUUACCGGGAAAUUUACGAACUGAUGAAGGAGGUUGAAGUAUCUCCCAGGAUCGACUGGAUUCAGGUGCUCAAUCAGAAACAGAGGGAGGUGAAUGCAGAACAGUACGGCCCUACCGUGUCAGAUCUGGAGAAGCAGAUCGCUUCGCACAACAUUCUGCACAAGGAGAUCGAGGCCUACGGCACCCAGCUGAACGUCAGCUCUGGCAACUCUUCGGAGCAGUAUGCUGACAUCAGGAAACAGUACAAUAAUCUUUUGGACAACUCCAAGUGGAGGCGCCACUACCUGAGCAGCCUAUACGAUUACAUGCAGGGCUGUAACAAGGAGAUAUCUUACCUGGGUGAAGAGCAGAAGAAGAUCCUCAAGCAGGACUGGAGUGACCAGAUAGUGGAUCCGCAAGACGUCAGAAGACAGUACGAGAAUUUCAAGAACAACAGCUUGCUGGCCCACGAAAGUGAUGUGAAUACACUACAGGAUGAUGGCGAUCGACUCAUAGAGAUGAAACACCCUGCCAGCGGUAUUAUCGAGGACCACAAAGAGGCGGUGCGAAAUGAGUGGCAGAAAUUCCUCAAUCUGUGUAUAUGCCAGGAAGCCCAUCUGAAGAAUGUGGAGGACUAUAAAAAGUUCCAACUGGAUUUGGACAUGCUGAAUGACUCCCUCGCCAAACUCAACGCCAAUGCGGAUCCCAAAGCUCUUAGCAACAAGACCAACACUGAGAUCCUUCUUCAGCUCGAGGGGGAUGAGAACGCAGUGCAGAGGAGCGAGUUGCUCCUGGCUGACCUGAAGACACGCAGUGCCAACGUGGCCCCGCUGAAGCUGCGCCACACCAAGCUCAGCAAACCUGUGACAGUGGAAUCCCUGUGUGACUGGAGCAGCGGCAAGUCAUCAGUGACUCGAGGAGAGAAGCUAAUUCUGAAGUCCAAUGCGAACAAUGAGAACUGGCAAGUUCAGGCUAACAAUGGCGUCACCAAAUCCAUACCAGGAGUGUGUUUCACGGUGCCGCCACCAGACCUGGAAAUGACUGACAAAGUGAACAGGCUGGGUGCAGAUCUUGAAAACCUGAAGAAGAGCAGAGCAUCAGUGCAGGCUUCACUGAAGAACCCAGCCACAGAGGUCGUACGCCAACAGAAAUCCGGCACCAUGUCCAGCAGUCCAGAGAACCCCAAGGCUCAGGAAGCUGCUAGCCGCCUGAACAAGCUGGACAAGGACCUGGCGCAAACCAAGCAGGACAUGCUGAAGCGGAUGAGAGCCCCGCUUGACCGAAGUGACCCAGUAGGAGACCUUGCCAACCGCCUGAAGCAACAGGAGCAAUCAGAAAACGCUCUGAAGAACAUGGAGCAGGAGACGGCGGCGGCCCAACGUGCCGUGGAGCCCUUCCUGUCCCAGAAAUCCAGCGGUUCUACCUCCGCAGCCCUGCCCCUCAAAAUGAGCAACGUUAAAAACAAGCAGGAUGAGCUAGCAGCUCUCACUGAUCUCUACAAAAAGAAGGCUAAUGCCUCCCUUAACCUGGAGAACCAAAUAAAGAAGGUGGAUACCAUGAUCUCUGGGUUUGAGAAGCAGCUCUCUAAUGACAGUACAAUCCCAGACCUACCUAACGCCACCCAGACACGUACCCAGGAGAUUCAGAGGUUGCGCAAAGAUGUGGCCAGCAAGCAGGAUGAAAUGAGCAAGCUAAACAAAGACCUGGAAGCCACCGAGCAGCUGUGCAGCACAUUGCAGAAGAGCUACCAGGAGUACUGUCCUGACAUCCGCAGGCAGGAGAACCAGGUGAACUGCCUCAGGAAUCGCUACGCUACGCUCAGCAACCAGCUGCAGGAGAGGGAGCGCAUGUUACAAGAAGCAAGCAAAAAAAAACAGUCUUUCGAGAAUGCCACGCGGUCCCUGGAAUCCUUCCUCGACAGCUUGCCCGACAACAAAAUCAGUCCCACUGACAGCCUGUCUCAGGUCAACGCCAAGCAGACUUCUCAAAAGAGAGUAGUAGAAGACAUCAGGAGGAAGGGAGAUGAAGUUGACCAAAUUGUUGACCUGUCCCAGGACCUACAGACAGUCAUUACUGAAUAUGAGACCAACUCUAACAAGUUCAGCAACUCACUUGAUGAGUCUGUUGCCACAAACUCCAAAAGACUCCACUCAUCCAGCCUGGCUGACUCUGUGCGGAAACAGGAGAAAGCUCUGGUGAACCGUUACGCUGAUGUAUCUGCAAAGAAUGAGCAGCUGCUGAAUCAGAUGGGUUUGGCCAAGAACAUCAUCGCACAAAAUGAGGAGAAGGUAAAUCAACAAGUGGUGAAGCAGCAACUGCAACAACAGAGUUUUCAGAGGAGCCAGGAAGAGACCGAUGGUCUGAAGAAGAACCUGGAGGAAGAAACUGCCAGACGAAAUCAUACGGAGAGUACCUUGGACACAUUCAGAACACGCAUGAUGUCUCUGAAGAGUCGCAGAGGAGUAGAAAGGGUGGAGGAGAAAGAAGUGCUGCAAUACUAUCGUGAUCCCAAACUGGAGAGUGACCUUGAUCUCCUAAGAAACAAGAUCCAUGAGGAAUCCCUUAAGCGCUCCAGCACUCAAACACAGGUUGAAGUGACCAAUGAGAAGAUUGUCUUCAUAGAAAAAGAGCUGAAGAACACAAAGCCCAAGCUUGUGACUAAGGAAGUGACAGAGAUCGAAAAAGACCCCCAGCUUGAUGUGGAAGCCAAUAAGCUGAGAGAGGAGAUCCGGAGAUUGCGGGAUGAGCUUCGGACCAGAGAAAAUGAAACUGUACACAUGAAAACUGAGUAUACAAUUCUGCAGCAGAAGAAGCCAACUAUCAAGGAGAAGGUGGUGAAGAAGGAAGUAGUAAGACUGGAGAAGAAUCCAGAAAUGCUGAGAGCUGUAAAAACCUUUGAGACUGAAAUUGCAGAUGAAAGCCUGCGGUGCAAGGCCCUGAACGAUGAAAUCUUCCAAACUAGGAGUCAAAUCAAUACAUUGGAAAGAAUUAUUCCCACUGUGGAGCCAAAGAUUAUUACUAAAGAGGUGAAAAAAGUGGAACAGGACCCUGAGCUCAUUGGAGAAUCCAAGAGACUUCGAACCCUUCUGGAUGAUCAGAAGACCGAAAACAAUGCCAUAGUGAGGGAGCUAAAGGAGCUCCAGACUCGAUAUAUUCAAGUGGAUCAGUUGAAGCAAAAUGUGGAAAUCAAGGAAAUCAUCAAUGAGAUCUACAGGGUGGACCCUCAGACUGAGAUGGAGCUUGUGCGGCUAAGGAAUGAGAUACAAGACUCCACCCGACGCCGUGGUAACAUAGAGAAAGAAACUGAGUUAGUGAGAAUUGACCUUGCAUCACUACGUUCUCAGAAGCCCAAGGUGGAGACGAAGGAAGUUCUCCAGGAAGUAGUGAAAGAGGAGAGAAGCCCUGAAAUUAUGAAGGAAAUUCAAAGACUCAAUGAGCAGGUGUUCCGCUUGCAGAGCAGCUACGACAUAACCCAAGAUCAACUGCUUCACCUGCGCAAAGAAAGAGACGAAUGGAAGGCCGAAAAAUCCAAGGUGGAGACAAAACUCGUCACUAAAGACAUUAUUAAGUAUGAGAAUGAUCCACUCUUGGAGAAAGAGGCUGAGCGACUCAGAAUGGAACUGCGCGAGGAAACUCAACGGCGUCGUACCACCGAGGAAACGGUCUUUGACCUGGUGAAUAAGUACAUCCUGCUAGAGAGGCAGAAGCCAGAGGAGAAGGUGGUGGUGCAGGAAAUGGUGCGUCUACAGAAGGACCCCAGACAGAUUUUGGACCAUGAAAAACUAAACAGGGAACUGGAUGAGGAGAUAAAAUCCCGCAGACAGCUGGAGCUGGAGCUGCAGCAACUGAGAGCCCUGUUGCUGGAGAAAGAGAGGAGCCUCAGGGACAUGGAUGAAAGGCAGAAGAAGAUCCAGGUAGAGAUGGAACUGAGACAAAUAAAAGCCAGAAUUUAUGAACUAGAAAAUGCUCCACCACCUAUUGAAGAGAAAAUUGUGAUUGAGGAGGUCCUCAAGGUUGAGAGGGAUUCCAAACUAGAGAAGAUGAUCAAUGGCCUGCGUGCGGACUUGGACAGAGAGAGCAGCGAGAUCUUGCGCCUGAACAGGGACAUCAGAAAUGUUACUCUUAAACUGGAUAUCCUGCAAAAAGAAAAGUCUGUAGAAAAAACAGUUUACAAAGAAGUUAUUAGAGUAGAGAAAGACCAAGCUGUAGAAGCUGAGAGGGCUCACCUCAGAGAUCAAGCGACUCGUGAGAGAAAUUCCAGACGAGACAUGGAGGAUGAAAUCCAGAGGCUCAGCGACAAACUGAAUCGAUUUCACAGCACAAAGACAAAUGUCUCUCGAGAAGCCAACAGUGUUAUACAGAACAGAGACAACCUGCUGAAGGAGAAGGAGAAUAUUUUAAGGGAGCUGAGAACACUGGAGUCUGAGAGACAGGACACCACUAUAUCCUUCCAGCAGCAAUCCAGGCUGAUGAGUGAGAUAAGCCAGAAGAACAGGCAAAAAAGUAUUAAGAUGGAAUCAGAUGUGCAGCGCCUGGAGAGAGAGAUUCUGAAUGAAAAAGACAAAAUAAACAAAAGGGAGAAUGCUAUCAGGGAACUGCUGAAUAGCAUGAAGAAGGAAGAUAGCGCUGAGACGCGGACAAGUGAGACCAAUGUAUCCACUAAAAUUACCAUCUUAGAUCCAGAAACAGGCAAAGAUAUGUCUCCAUAUGAUGCAUAUAUGCAGGGGCUGAUUGAUCGCAACCAGUACAUCCAUCUGCAGGAGCUGGAGUGUGACUGGGAAGAGAUUUAUACCAUGGGUCCUGAUGGGGAGACCUCUCUGCUCCAGGAUCGCAAGAGCGGCAAGCAGUAUUCCAUCAAAGAUGCUCUGAAAGAUGGUAGAUUGACCCAGUAUGAUCUCCAGCUAUACAAGGAAAACAAGAUGCCAAUUUCAGAAUUUGCUCUUUUAGUUGCUGGAGACAAAAAGAAAACAUCCUUUAUUACCCCACUUAAGAGCUCUUUAACUUCCAUCUCUAACACCACCAGGAGAAGCUCACCCAGUAGUAAUGAACAGUUGCCAAUUUGUGGAAUACGCGAUACUUCCUCUGACACUUGCAUGUCCUUGAGAACUGCCAUGGCCAGCAAGUUGAUUGACACCAACACAGGCCAGAAGCUGCUUGAAGCACAGGCAGCCACUGGGGGAAUCAUAGAUAUCGGCAGUAAAGAACGCUACUCAGUUCAGAGGGCAGCAGAACGCGGGCUUGUGGAAGCAGGUCAGCUGCAGAGACUACUCAAUGCUCAGAAGGCCUUUACAGGAAUAGAAGACCCUAUUACCAAGGAGCGCUUCUCAGCAGGGGAAGCAAUUCAGAAAGGCUGGAUACCUAAGGAUAGUGGCAUGCGCUACUUGGAGGCGCAGCACCUGACAGGGGGACUGGUGGACCCAAGCAAAUCUGGCCGUAUUUGUCUCACGGAUGCCGUUAAGCUUAACAUGAUUGACAACAACAUGCUCAGAGAGCUCCAGGAGGAGUACUACUAUGCCAAAGACCUAGUUGACCCCAUUACAAAGGAGAAGCUCAACUACAAACAAGCUUUGGCUCGCUGUAAGAAAGACCCCGCCACAGGCCUCUUGUUUCUACCAGCUGCUGAGGCCUCCUACAACCCAUCAUAUUCCAGCCACCAAGUCUCAUAUUUUUAGACUUAUUCAUAGGCAGAUCAAAGAACAUGCUGAAACAUGACAGAGCAAUUACUAAAAAGAUAUUCAACACAAAAGAUGCAAAGCAACACAAGAAAUGACCUGCCUCAGGAAGUUCUACCAAAAUUACUUUGCUCAUUUUAGGGUCACGUUAUUGCUGCUGAGCUGCUUCUACUUGUUCAUGUAAUUCUUUCGUUUUAUUGUGAAUCUUAUUUAAAUUGCACAAGCAGCAUUUCUGUUUGCGAAAAAACAUUACGCGCUUGACCUUAUCUGGAACAUUUUUUACUGCAGUACUUGGGUUAAAGGGCACUGUUGACAUAUUAUUCACUCAUGAAGCUUUGCUGAUAAAUAUCCUGAAGUGUGGAAACUAUAACAUUCCUUUUAACACUAUUUUGUUUGAUACUGUAUUAUUCUACGCAUAUCUCAAUUAAAAUUUACAUGGCUCAA